CUCGAAGACCGGAUAUCUUACGUCCUGCAGCAGGCUGCAUUGGUCGGGUUUCCGAGCCUGGAUGCGCUUGCUGCAGAUUAUUACACCGCAAGCUUCAGCGAGACUUCGCCGCUUUUCAGCGAUCAGAUUUUGAGCAGGAAUCGUCGCUUACCCAAGCUGAUAGCGACCAUCCGUCAAGCUGCGAAAGAUUGGAGCGAGUGGGAGCGAAGAGGUUACCAGCAAGACACAGUCAAGAGCGCAGAAGAACUG